CACUGUCCUCCCUAAAAAGAAGCUUGUAGUAUUUAUAUAUUUAGGCUAAAACAAGAGACCUUACACUCUGGAUAUUCUUUUUCUUCUUCCUUUUAGGUUCUUUACAAAGAAUCAAGAAGAUGAAGUCAUCAUCGACGUUGCUCACAAGCUUAAACCAGAGACAGCCAUCUUCAUCACCGACGAGAAAACCACCGAAGCAAAAGAGGAAAGCAACGACGACGACGAACGAUAACAAACCCAUCAAAGUCCGUUACAUAUCGAAUCCCAUGAGAGUUGAGACUUGCCCUUCUAAGUUCAGAGAGCUUGUUCAAGAACUCACCGGUCAAGACGCCGCCGAGCUACCUCCGGAGCCCACCACUUACGCCGCCGCAGAUCCCCAACAAGAGGAGAUAAAUCCUGAGCCGUUGGAAGAAGGGGUCAGUGAGUAUUAUUCACCGUUGGAUGAAGAAGUUUUUAGUGCUCCUCAAAUGUCGGCAGGUCUGUCUGCGUUUUUCUCGUCUGGGUUUUACAAUGUGAAUGCCUUAGGGAGCAUUGGCUCUCUCUGAAAAUCUUAUAUAUAUAUAUAUAUAUAUUUAAAAGUUGUCACACCGAUCAGAAGAAGAAAUCGUCUUAUAGUUUAGGGUUUCGUCGAUACCUAUAUAUAUGGAUAUAUAACAUAUGGAUUCUGUUUUUCUUCUUUCGUUUGGUUUGUGGUGAAUUAUUUGUGUUUGUGAGUAAAUAAAUCGUGUUCAUUUCAAGGAAGAAAUAUU